UUUCACAAUGAGUUUAUCGCAGGAUUUUAUACCUGUAAAAUGUGCCAAAAACAACGAAUGGAGAACUUCUACUAAACGUGCACAUGACUUCAUACCAAGUGCCUCAAUCGGUUCGAUUGGUCAUAUUAAAACAUUCUGCCCUCAACUGUUAAAAGGAAAUGAACAGAUAAAAGAAGAUGGAUUCAAAACUACAUACAGCACAAACUAUUACCAAAAAGCAAUUAUUAGCGAUCCCCUGCAAAAUAACAAUAAGAUACAACAAUUAAAUCCAUGUGGCAGGCUUAAGGAAGAAAAAUUAAUUUUAAACCCACCUCCGAUAAGAAAGAUUCAAUUAUCAGAAAUGAAAGAUAAUUAUAGAAGAAACAAUCAGAAGAUUAUCAUUCCAAAAAUGGAAGUAACAGUUAAAAGUCCGAGAAGAAAUAUUAAAAAUUCAUCUUCAGAGAAUGAAAUAAUUCUUAACAAUUCGGGAGUAGUGAAACAUUUGGACAUAUACGUAACGGAGAAUAGAUUAAAAUAUCCGACAUAUUCAUUAAAAGAAUUGAAACAAGCUUCCCAAGACAUCAUAACAUUUUACAGCGCAUUCGGCACAUACAAGGGUUUUGAUGGAGAAUUAACGCCACCCAAACGUGACUCGCCUCAGAUAUUAUUGUCUAGGGCAAUGCCCAGAGUCCCAAACAACGGAAUGAAUUCAUCAUACAGAGAAUCUUAUCGAGACCAGAAUCGGUCGGUUUUGUAUCCGGAUUUCAUGGCCAAGUGUUCGAAUGUUGCGACAUGUGAACACGAUCCAGCUGAUGGGACGUAUUUUCCUGAAAGUUGUCAUAUAGGAACGGGACUGCCGGUUCGGGCAAUUGUGAACGUUGGGAAAACAUCGAUCAAACCCCACGACGUGAAGAGCACAGGAAAUAACAAAAAUUAAAUGUACUUUUUGUGGAAAUAUUUGAUAAU